AACAAUUAUUGUCUUUACACACAUAGUAAAUCAAAUUUAAGUACUCAUUUAAAGUUACAGUGAGAAUUACCAUCAUGACCGUACAACAAAGUGGUAGUAAAUUAAGAAAACUGGGUGCCGGUCUUGGAAUCUUUCAAAGUUUGACAUGGAUUGUUUUGUCCAUGAUAUGUAUAAUACUCUACUACUCACCUCAUCUAUCCACUCUUUCUGAUAGUUACAUGGAGACAAUAGGAAAACUAAUUUAUGCAAUGUUCUUAUACACUAGUCAAGAAGUGUUUCCUAAUCAAACGUUCUCUGGUAAUGUGUUCAACGCCUUCAUGUGGUUGUAUAUUCUUUUAGAUUUGGUUUGGCUGGUUGCGUGCAUUUAUCUAUUGUGCAAGAACACUCUAAAAGCAGCAAAAGUUUGGAGUUAUUGUACAUUAAUCAUAUCGUUUCUGGACUUUAUAACUUUUGUUAUACUGGGUGCAGACUAUAACAAGUGCAUGGAUUAUGCUCAAGACUUUUCUUUAAUUGGGGAAACAUAUGUAUUGGCAAUCCAACAAGCAUGUGCGAACAGCAUCUUACCACCUUUCAUCAUAGCAGCGAAAGGAUUUACCUUGUGGGUUUUUAAUAUUGGUAUUGCAGUGGCUGUCAUCCUGGACACAAAAAGUUGGCAACGCUGAACGGCAACUGAGGACUCCAAAGAAAAGAAUAUUCUUAAUUCUCAAAGAGAAAAAAUCUCACAUUUUGUUGUUUAAUAUAUUUAAAUAAAUAAAUUAUAAUUUGUUACAAA